CCCAUGGGGUUUGGUACACACCUGCCGCCCACCUCCUGGCACUCUAUGCAAGGCAUUUAUUCAUGCAGUCCAUCCUAACGCCACCGCCCUUCUCAAUGGCUCUGUCUUUGUGUAUUCCCUUGGCAGAAGUCAAGGAGUAUGAGCCGCCGUUUGGUUCCAAAGUGAGAGAGCAUCCCUGUGUGGAGAGCAUGAAGGACAACGUGCUGAGAGACCGCGGACGGCCCGAGAUCCCCAACACAUGGCUCAGCCACCGAGGCAUACAGAUGGUCUGUGAGACUCUGGCCGAAUGCUGGGACCACGAUCCAGAAGCGCGACUGACCGCUCAGUGUGUGGCCGAGCGUUUUGACGAGCUGGGCGACCUGGACCGGCUGUCAGGGAGAAGCUGUUCGGAGGAGAAAAUCCCUGAGGACGGCUCCCUGAGCCCCACCAAGUAACCCCGGGCUGAGCUCGUGGUGAGGGCAAGGACGCUGCCCAUCUACUCCGAAGGCCGAAGGCAGGAAAACGCCGUCUGAUAGUGCCUUGGCCUGGCUUCCUGUGAAACCGAGGGGGUCCCUGCACUCCCCUGAAGCCGGGGCUCUGGAGAGGAACUCGCUUUGGUGGCAACCAGCAGCAGGCGGGGAGUGGGUGACAUAAAGCAUUCUACGCCUGUGACAUUGUCAUAGGAUAAGCUGUGUGAGCGCUUCCUCAGGAAAUGAGAUUUUUUUCCCCCUUUCCUUACAAUAGCCAAUAACAAUUGCACUUUAUUAAUGCCUGUAUAUAACUACGGAAUAGCUAUGUUUUAUAUAUAUAAAAAUAUAUAUUAUAUAUAUAUAUCUAUAGUUCUAUCUACAGCCAUACUCUGUAGCGACAGAGAGGAGAAUGCCAAGGAGAUUAUCACCGUAUCAGAGGAAUGAGGGACGAGAGGGCCCCUCAGACAGCAUUAGCUCCUCGCCCCUCCCCUCCAGUAGAGAGGCAGACCGCCGCCGAGGAGUGGACUGCGGCCUCCCACACCCCUGCUAUUUCCCACAUUUCCCAAGAAUGCCAAAGCUCACUCCUGGCCCAGAAUAGCCGUUCUUAACUCUUGUUCCUCUGUGCUGUUUCGGGGUUCAUGUGGUUCUUUGGUGGGCUUCCGACGGACUCCUCCUGGCCCCCAAGUUUGGGAUCACCUUCCUUAGAGGAACUCUCAGGCUCUUGCACCCAUUCACCAUUGGCCAGGAGCCCUUCAGCAACUGGAGCCCAACGUAAUCACAGGCUAAAGAGAAAUGUGGAGAGCGGCUCCCUCCGGGCCCCCACAAAAUCAGCCCAAGCCAGACAGAUGUUUUCCAUUUGCCUUACCUUAUAUUACGUGGUUGUGACUUUCUUUAUGAAGAAAUUAUCAUGAGUAUUUUGCUCCUGAGCCCUCCACCACAGCAGCCCCCCCAGAUCAUUUGGCCAAAUCUCUGCUCCCUAACCCCACCAGAUGUGCAUCCUGUGUCUUGAACUCCGUUAUUUUAGCCUCUAGUUUUCUAUGCAAAAGCCAAUGAAUUCCAUCUCUCCCCACCCCUUGAAUGCACUCGGACACUUUGGCAUUAUGGAAAGGAGAUGAUAGAUGAUAUUGCUGUAGGCCUGCUUCCCUAGACCUUACAGGAAAUAUAAGCCCUGCUCUAACUCUGAACUUGCAAUAAAUUUUCCUCUGGUGA